CUCAAUCGGCGUUAGGUACGUUGCGCUCAGCCCUGCUGAUCUAGACGCAGAAAACCAAUAAGAAAUUGACCACAACACAGUAAAACAAGAAGGCGUCUAGAGAAGCGGGCCGAAGAUUUGGACACAUUUAGGCGGUAUACCCUUAGCAGGUCCGCAGUAGAGGGGACGAGAGUUCUCGCCCGUUUCCCUGAACAAACUAGCUGCACCAGGAACCUAGAGUCAUGUUGCGAAGAGCCAACUUUUUCCUGGAGCUCGUCCUGCUCUUUAGUGCAGCAGAGUUGCCAGUCAUCACUUCCGCUGUGGGGUUGAAGAAGCGGACCGGGCCCACUGAUGCUGAUCUCGAAUUGUACUCGACUCAGCUCACAGAGGAGGAUGACGAGGAGCUUAUCGCGGUUGAACCGCUGGCGGGGCGGCGGCGAGGGGAAACAAGCCCUUUAAAUUUUGAGAGUCUCGCCGCCAGAGCUGGUGCACAAGGCUCGUCCUUUUGCGGUUCCGGCUCGCUCACGGGGAACCGGAAGAGGCAGCUGUUUUGCGCGUCGAUCGUUGCGGCGGCCUGCCUGGCAGUGCCGACGGUUCUUUCUCGGGUCCACAACCCGCAGCCGGCGCUUUCCACAUCGAGCCUACCGCCGGAAAAGCAGCAUAGACCGAUGUUUUCCACUACAACCCCGCCGUUUUUCGCGUAUCACGCAGGCGUGCCCACCACGAGCAGCGUUCUCCCGUACGAUAUGACAAGUACUACGUGGUACCCUGCGUUUCGUGAUACAGAAACCGCCACCUCGACGCCCAUUUUGAACGAAAUGGCGGCGCCGAGUGUCUGGUCGCCCGGUGUGGACCCGACAACGCAGGAGAUGAUACGAGAAUCCCGCGUCGAGGGGAUGAAUGCAGGCGCUGCGGCGGCGGGCACUGCUUCCGCAGGGAUGCCCUUAUCGGAUGACGAGCUGGGAGACAUGGUGCAGCGAGCGCGCAUGGAGGGGAUGGAGAGUAUCAAUAAUGGAGAACAAAGUAGCGGUGACGGGGACGAGCAAAUGGGCAGGGAUCCGCGACGUGGUGACACAGGCGGUGUCGCACGUCGAGGACCCACAUCUGGAGGAAGUGAAUCAGUUUCAUCCCAGUCGGCGACGGCGGCGCCGGAGACAACUCCUGCCGGUACAGCUGCUGGAAGUACUAUUCCUCCACCCGCCGUAGUGGUUCAGCAAACGGCCUCCGCUGGUGCGAGCGGCGGUCCGCCGCCUGGAACGGGGCACGAUGGGUAUGGAGCUAGUUCUGGUGAAAGAGGUGGAACAACAUCAAGGGCCAGAAGUCGUGAAGGAGGAGUGGCAAGAACGAGUGGAGGUGCUAGAAGCAGUACAGAAAGCAUGCCGCAAACGAUGCAACAGUAUGACGGAAGUGCUGACGGCAGCGGAGCGCCGGAAAAUGUGUCCGCCACAACUCAAGAGGACAGUAUCCCAGACCCGCAACAGUGUUUCCGCUUGUUAUAUUUGCCGGAGACGGCCCCGAAGCUGUGGAAAGCGCUGGAGCAGGACUUUUUCGACAAUUAUUUCAGUUUCUUCUGUUCUCGCGAGGAGUACAAGAUGCACCUGGGGGAAUCCUGGUACGAUGUGCGCAAGCAAGCAACGUCCCACAGCACUACGAUCGCACCGCGAAGACGAGCGGCGGCGCCUUUGGGGAACUUGUUGGAAAAUAAGCCGAAAAGCAAGGCGAGCCCCUCGUUGGGAAGAAGUUCUUUUCAGUCCGAGAUCACGAGCGCGGAAGAGCAGGGAGGCAUUGUGCCAACCUACGGACGGCGGCUUUCGCACGUGUUCAUGGGAAAUCCUGGUUCGGUGGACGACCGUUUUACUGCCUUGAUGGAAGAGGAAAUAGAAUCGACCGGGGAGCCCUCGAUUGAAGAGCACAUUAGCGGCUUUUGCAGUCGGUUUGGGGUAGGGGUCAACUUGAAAACCGCAAAACUGCGAGAGCUAGCUUUCCGGGCGGAAGCUGCAAUGUUGGUAUAGCGGAUAAGCUUUGUUUUGUUGCAACGCUAUGUGAUGGUGCAGUGUGUGUAUGAGUGUGUGGACUAAGAUCGACGAGAUAUGACGUUUAACAUGUACUACAAUGUUGGUUGUCGCAAGAAGUAGGCGAUGAUUUUUGAGCUACCUCCAAUAUCGCUCACAGACUCUUCGCAACCUGACAACGCAGUACCAGCGUGCGCGAAAGAACCGCGACGCAUUUGUCCGCGCUGCCGGCUUUGCACGAUUGACGAAAGAGACGGAGGAAGAGAAGCGACCGUUUACUUUGCGACGGAGCGCAAGUAUGAAUUCGGAUUUUUUCUUGCAGAUGAUGAAAACAUUAUAUUCACAAAGUUGGAGUCAGUUGUGGAAUGAGAAAGCUGCUUCUGAGACUAGUUCACAAAAAAUUUGAAUUCAGGCCCAGGGACUGCGAUUGACACUGAACCAUCCUCGAGGGAUGAGUUGUAUGCACACGAAUGGGCAGCGGAAACCCGCGACGCUCUGAUGGAGGUGCGUGCCGCACAAGUGGACCUGGCAUCCGUGCACCAGGAGUGUUUAAGAAGCGCUGACACGAACUUGAUGCAGCUCUUUGGUGGUGUAGUCCAGCAAGACAUGUUUCAUACCGGGGCUGACGUAAUUGUGAUUGUUCUUUUUCUAUGUUUCAUUCUCUAUGCAAAGCAGGUUCCUCAUCAUCUCUUCUCUUGCCGGAAGUUGGAAUGUGUUCUUGAAAACAGAGAAAUUGUAAUAACACAUGAAGAUAACACAGCUGCCUCUCGGAAAUGAAGUGCGGAUGGAAUCCGGCUGCCCAGAGGUGAGCUGGUUCUCUCCGCAGGGCCACCAGUGGAUGCGGUCCUCCACGGAAACCAUGUUGGUUUCUUACCUCGAGAAUGCGGUCAUGAACAGCUUUCUGAGCCAGGGAACGGACACUCCCUCGACGUACCUGGGCGACAUGCUGCCCUUCUCGCAAGUGAUGCAGUACCACCCAGUGCUACCGGACGGAAGCUACGGGAAUUACGUCAGGCCGAAAUGCAGCAGUAGUGGCAGUAGCACAUCAGAGCAGGGAAAAACACAUACACAAGCAGGCGAAAAGAGCGUGAAGAAACAAUCGAAAAACCUGUCUGGUUCAAAAAUAUGCGACGAGUCAAAAACGGACGUUGACUUGCUGUCAAUCAUACCAAUGGAUUGGACGGUAGCGGAUCCGAGACGGGAAUUUGCGUUUGAACCAGACCUGUCUCAUGUGGAUUCUCGGCGACGGUUGGUGAAGGAGGGCAGCACCUCAGCGCCGCAAUCGCUCGCUUUCCAACCCUGGUCCACGGGGCCAGCGGAGUCGGUAAUCGGCAGCGCCUUGGUUCGCAACCCGUUACGCGAGGAGUGCGCAGACAAAUGGAAGGUCGCGAAACCGGAUUUGGUUCCGCAUGUCGGUCAGCCCCUACAGGUAGACGGCUUCACGGUCGCUGGUGCCACAAACCUGUUGGUGAAGGCCAACCGCCAUCAGGUGAUGCAUUAAUGCAGGGAAAUAUUUUUAGCAAGAAAUGUAAAUGUCGUAAGGAGAAGAUGUCAGUAAGAAAUUUGUUUCUGCUGUAGCGGUUCUGUUGCGCUACUUUCAUACAGUAGUCUGUCAAAAUUCAACAUCCAUCUAUUAGAGAAUACAAGUUGAACUUGCUUCAUCGGCAUAGCCACGAUAAUUUUGUAAUUUUUUCAUCGAUUUUGUAUUGCCAUUGCGGUCGACUUACGACGCAAUUUUAGAUGAAAUGACGAAAGCAGCAGCACCUGCACUCCAGGUUGCUGCCCUUCUUUCUUAACAUAACUUCCUGUUCCUGAAAAACUGAAAAGAAACUAACCUUUAUCAGAGAGCUGUAAAAAUGUAAAAAUACGUGAGCAGCCGAGCUCGUAUGCCGAACCCGAGGCGGAUUGCAUUUGAUUUUAUCUGCCAAAACUACUUCUUGUAAUUUGUAUCUGAGACAGCUCGAGGCAGCGAACAGGAAGUUUCUGAGACGUUCGUUGCCGGAUCGUGUUCGAUAGGUUAUGUUGCAUGGACGGACCGUGCGGAAAGAUCAAGAUGUUAAUUUUUCUCUGUCAGAAAUCGGUACUUUGAUUUAGCUUCGCUGCAUCAGUGAUCGAAUCGAACUCGAAGGAAAAA